AUGGCGGAGAGCAUUAAGGUCGUUUGUCGUGUAAGACCUCUAAAUGAAAAUGAGAAAUUAAAGGACAAUAACUACUGUGUGAGCUUUCCGCCUGAUUCGGCCAACCUGAUACGAUUGGAAAAGGAUAAGACCUACGCUUUCGACAAUGUUUUUCAACCGAAAACACAACAAGUUGAGAUUUACAACACAGUAGCUAAGCCCAUCGUCGCCGAUGUACUCAAUGGAUACAAUGGCACGAUAUUUGCCUACGGGCAAACAGCCAGUGGUAAAACCUACACCAUGGAGGGAGUUCUUGGGGACUCUGAUUUGCAGGGCAUCAUCCCUAGAAUUGUGCACGAUAUUUUUAAUCACAUAUAUCAUAUGGAUGAAAAUUUGGAGUUCCAUAUCAAGGUUUCCUACUUCGAAAUAUAUCUUGAUAAAAUUCGUGAUUUGCUCGAUGUUUCCAAAAGUAAUUUGUCUGUGCACGAAGACAAGGACCGAGUCCCUUACGUCAAAGGUGCGACGGAGAGAUUCGUUUCGACUCCAGCUGAAGUAUUCGACAUUAUUGAUGAAGGGAAGGUCAAUCGUCAUGUUUCUGUUACAAACAUGAACGAACACAGUUCUCGCUCUCAUUCGAUUUUUAUGAUCACGGUUCGACAGGAAAACCUGGAAACACAAAAGAAACUUCAUGGCAAGCUGUACUUGGUUGAUUUAGCCGGUAGUGAAAAGGUUGCGAAGACUGGUGCCGAGGGUAGCACUCUUACUGAGGCUAUGAAUAUCAAUAAAUCACUCUCGGCUUUGGGCAAUGUCAUAAAUGCUCUGGUGGACAACCACGCCCAUGUUCCUUAUCGGGACUCAAAGCUCACACGGAUCUUGCAAGAGUCCCUAGGUGGUAAUGCCAAGACAACGAUGGUAAUUUGUGUUUCACCAUCCAGUUAUAACGAAUCUGAAACCAAGUCCACUCUUUUGUUUGGAAUGCGAGCAAAGACUAUUAAGAAUAUCGUUACUGUUAAUGAAGAAUUAACUGCAGAUGAGUGGCGCCGACGGUAUGAGCGACUACAGGCGAAGGCUCGUCGUAUGAAAGAGAUAAUCACUCGCCUUGAAGCCGAAUUGAAACGCUGGAGAGCUGGUGAAAGUGUGAGCUCGACCGAAUGGAUUGUUGCGAUGGAACUCGAACUGGAAGAGGAGGCAGCAGCUGAUGGAGUAGCGCUGGACACUCCCACGGGUGCGCCUUCAGUGCCUUUCACAACCGAGACGACUCCAUCCGGUGCUCCCACUGGCAGACCCAUUCAUUUGUCCGCGUCUGGCGCCGGUGCGCCUGCCGGAGUGAGUGAAGAGCAGCUCCACGCUCUUUACCAACAGCUCGACGAUAAGGAUGAUGACAUUAACAAACAUACGCAGACCAUCGCUCGGUUGCGCCAACAGUUGGAAGAACAAGAAGAAAUGCUUCGUACUGCUCGUCUGGAAGCGGAGACCAGCCUUGCUGACGUUGCCCAGCUGCAGGCUGAAUGCCAAUCUAGCAAAGAGGAGGCGAAGGACAUUUUGCAGGCUCUCGAAGAGCUCGCCCUCUCUCACGACCAGCGGGAAGCCGAACUAGCUGUUCGCGAUCGUGAGAUCGAGGAGAUCAAGGAGCAACUCGCUCAAACCUCCCUGAUUAUCAAUGGCAAGGAGAGCGAGGUACAGUUGGCUCGCGACACUCUUGCUGCCCAGCGCAAAAAGUACGCUGAAAUCCUCGGCGCACUCGUUCGUGAUGUCCUUGAUGUCGGGGAGUGCAUGAGCAAUCAACUCCAAAAACCGAACGUGAACGUUGGCGAACGUCUGGAUGAGGAGGCGACAGUUAUGCGCCUUUACAUGAACAAGAUGAGGACAGAAGCUAAAAUGCUUCACUCACGUGUUAACCAACUGGAGGAGGAGAGGGUGCAGAACGUGCAGCUCUUGAGAAAAUCUGAGGAUGAGGCCAAGGAAUACGCCAUUCGCGUUAGAGAGCUUGAAACGAAGGUACAAAGUCUUACGGAUAAGGUGGAUGAUUCAGAUUCUCGCAAACGGCAACUUCAAGACCUGGUCGAUAAUCUGAACGCCGACGUUGCUAAAUUGCGUGCCAACGAGCAGCUAUUGGCUGGCUCUGGUUCGACCAAUAAGGAGAUCCUCGCAGGACAGUCAGAAAUUCGUGUUAAGCUAGACGAAGAGUUUAAGCGUCAAAGCGAACAGUAUGCGCAGCAAGUGAAACACCUACGUGACGAGUUGGAGACCAAGGAGAAGAAAUUCGAAGAACUCAAAGAUGAAUUGAAUCACGUAAAGUUACAGUAUGAAAAGUCCACCGAGGAGAGUUCUGCUCUCAAAAAGCAGUUGGAGACUGCGACACUUCGUCUGGAGGCCGUCGAGAAGGAGGAGACCCGACGUGAGCAGUCAAAACAGGACCUUCGCGCUUUGGAGGAAACUAUGCUUAAGGAAUUUAACACUCUCGCCACUCUGCGUCGCCUUUUCGUAGAAGACUUGAAAAAUAGAAUUAAAAAGUCUACGAGUCGGAUGAACGCAGCUAAGGCGGCCGAGGCGGCUGCAGCUCACCAGGAAGGCGAAAACACCGAAGUUGCGGGUCUGAAGGAACUCAUUGGUGAAGAGGAGGAGGACGAGUCGAGUCAAUGGGGAUCGCUUGCUCAACGCGAAAAGAUCUCCUUCCUAGAAAACAAUCUGGCCAAGCUUACUAAAGUGCACAAGCAGCUUAUCCACGACAAUGCCGAACUUCGCUGCGAACUGCCGAAGCUGGAAAAGCGACUUCGGUCGACGGUAGAGCGUGUGCGCAGCUUAGAGAUGUCACUGAAGGAGGCGAAGGAGGGAGCGUUGCGGGACCGAAAGCGAUACCAGCACGAGGUAGACCGCAUCAAGGAGGCUGUUCGUCGCAGACAGACAGGUCGUUUUGGCAACCCCUCGGCCAUGAUUGCCAAACCCAUCCGUGCUGGCCACGCACCCUCCGCCGUGGUCUGUGGUGGCGGUGGUGGCGGAGCAAACGUUCGAUCCUCCUAA